CGAGCCGCGAUGGAAGCGCCGCUGGCUGUGGGUACUCGCUGCGAGUUGCUGUCCUCCGGGCCGAGCGGCAGCUUGCGCGCCAGCAUCAAGCGCUACGGUGAGAUCGUGUACAUCGGCGCGGUCGAGGGGCUGCCAGGCGACGGGUGGCUCGGCGUGCGCCUGGACAAGCCGCUGGGCAAAGGCGACGGGUCGUUCCAAGGCAAGCGCUACUUCGACUGCAAGCCGCUGCACGGCGCCAUCGUGCGGCCCGAGCGGGUCAAUACAAGAGGGGAGUUCCCGAUCCUGACGACUCACGAGGAGAGUCUGGCGCACGCGCUGGAGGAGCGGCGCAAGGAGAAGCAGGGGGCCAAGAGCGCGUUCCAUGGCCACGCUGAGGAGCUCUCGACGCUGCAGCGAGAGCUAACCACGGACGAGCUGGCGACGGCCUUCUGGGAGAAGUUCACGCAGCAGGAAGAGCACGUGCGCAAGCAGGUGGGGCUGUUCUGCGAGCAGAAGAAGCAGCCGCUGCCCUGCGAGCCGGCCAAGGAGGUCAAGCUGGACGCGCUCGUGCUCGAGAUUAACGCGAUGCGCGAUGCUGCAGCCACGGCUGCCUCGCUGUACUUGUCGCCGUAUGAUACGCGCCAGACCCAAUUGAUUCUGUCCAAGUUGCUAGAGCUGAUUGACUCGACGCGAGCGACUUUCGCGCCCAGGAAGAAGUUCACAUUCCGAGCUCAUGCUGCGAGAAGAGCAAAGGCCAAGUCGGCGGAGAAGCAGGACCAGCCAGAACAGGACGGAUUGACGGAACGUACAGGCAACCAGUUGUCGCCGUCGAGCACGCAGAAGGCCAUGGAGUUCGACGAGCUAGUGCACGCCAACAAGCAGAACCAAGUGAUCGUGAUCGAUAGCAGCAGCUUCGCCGACGCGGACGAUAAGACGCGUCGCGACCUGAACUUCUCACAUCUGACCAACUGUGUUGUGUUGGUGCGCGUGGAGACAUCAGCGAUUCGGGGCGACGCACUGAAGAACUGUGUGUUUUACACUGGAGCGAUCUUCGGCAGCUUGUGGCUCGAGGACUGCGACGGCUGUGAGUUUUUCGUGGCGUGUCGCCAGCUUCGCGUCCACUUGAGCACGACCACAGCGUUCCACCUGCGUAUCCCGAGCCACCCCAUUAUCGAGGAUUGCCAGCAGAUGCAGUUCGGCCCGUAUCGGUUGCAAUUCGACGGACUAAAGACGCAGCUCGAGCGUCUAGGCGUGUCGAAGGACUCGGGUCUAUGGGCCAAGGUGAACGACUUCAAGUGGCACAAAGCGCAGCAGUCUCCGAACUGGUGCAUCCGCGACCCGAAGCAGCCGCUACCGAAAAUCCCUUCCGAGCUGGAGAAGCUGGUUUCGUAUGAAUGA